AUGGAACAGACUGCCUUGCCACCAGAUUUUCGUUCCAUCUUCGAGGCUCACGAGGAUGAUGCGGACAUCAUAUUGGAUACGAGUGACGGCGGCUGGCUCUAUGUCCAUAAGCUUAUCCUUAGGAAGGCUUCGGACACCCUCCUCGGUACGGAGAACUGUGACCUUCCCGCUAUGCCGGUGACAGAGGAGAAGGCCGUGUGGGAUAGCAUCUUGCGCAUGCUCUAUCACCACGAAGUUCCCGACUUCGCUUGCGUCGCCCAAAUGAGGGACAUCCUCGAGGCCGCCCGGAAGUACGACCUCGAGUUCGUCAUGAAAGACAUCGAGCAUGGCCUUCUGUGUCCCCUGCGCAAGCAGUGGGAUGCGCUCGACGUUUAUGCCCUCGCCUGCGCGUACGGCCUGCAGAGCGUCGCGACACAAGCCGCCCGUGCCACGCUUGCGACGUCACUAUACCAGCUCUCUACACGCGAGCUGCACGAUGUUCCAGCUUCAGUCUUCCAGAGACUGCUUGACUAUCGCCUGCGCUGUCAGGACGCGGCCGCUGCAGUCGCGGGCUUGUCAAAGCAGGGCGGUGGCAAUCUCUUCAAGCGGAUCGAUUGGCUUCCGCGCACGACGUACACCUUCUUCGAGUGCAACUGCACUUCUGGUGGCGUCCCGUGCUCUGUCAGGCUCGGCUCCGACGCGCACUCCCACUGGGGUCGGGGUUACUGGAGUAGCUACUUGGAAAGCGCGGAGCAGGCUCUGAGGGAACGUCCGGUCGGCGACGUGGUUAAGGAAACGGCCAUUAUCGUCCCCUCGCUCAAAGCUGCAGGGUCCUGUACGUCCUGUCGCCAACACAUCUACGAAGACUUAACCGAGUUUGCCGAGCACAUGGCAAAAGAGGUUGACAGGGCUGUCGCCGCAGUCUCUCUGAGAUUGUAA